AUGGCUUUACGACCGGCGAUAUGCCCUUCGAUACUGAACGCCGAUCUCGCCAACUUGGCUGCGGAAUGCCGUAAGCUUUUAGCGGCAGGUGCUGAUUGGUUACACCUGGAUGUGAUGGACGGGCACUUUGUUCCUAACCUGACAUUCGGUCAUCCUCUUGUGGAGUCAUUGCGAAAGAACCUUGGGCCUGAGCCGUUCUUUGAUGUUCAUCUUAUGGUCGCCGAUCCUGGCAGAUGGGUGACUCCCAUGGCUGCGGCAGGAGCCAACCAGUUUUGUUUUCAUUGGGAAGCCGCUCAUGAAAAAGGUGGUGAUGCAGAGGUGUCUUCAGUGAUCAGUAAGAUUCACGAAGCCAAAAUGAAAGUCGGAUUUGCUAUUAAACCCAAGACGCCGGUGGAGAAAGUCCUUCAGUUCGCUGAUAAAAUUGACAUGGCUUUGAUCAUGACAGUUGAACCAGGCUUCGGUGGUCAGAAGUUCAUGAGUGACAUGAUGGAUAAGGUUCGCACCUUGAGAAAGGCGUAUCCUGCGCUCAAUAUUCAAGUGGAUGGUGGGAUAUCAGCUGCGAAUAUUCAAAUACCAGCUGAAGCUGGUGCGAAUGUGAUUGUAUCGGGAACAGGAGUCAUAAAGGCGCCCAGUCAAGAAGCCGCUAUAAAGCAGAUUCGAGAAGCUGUUCAGGCUGCAAUCCAAAAGGGUUUUUAA